UAAGUACAUGAGGUUCGCUCACAAUUAUUGACAUUUCAGGAUACUCGGAGCAUAAUGAAGUUGAAACAAAGUUGAGUGGGCAAACUCAAGGAAUCAUGUGUAACUGGGGACUGAAUAGGUCACAAGUGCUCAUGGUGUUUAUGGCUCAAUGUCACCAUAUCAAACACUAUUGUGGUGUAAACACACUGGCACCAAAGAGAGCAGCCUUCUCUAUUUUUCUGUCAAACACAUCUCUGUUGUUCCGGGGACCCUAAUCUGAAGUGCUUGCGAUCUCGCAGAAUUAAGGAAUGGAUCGCUCCUGUGUAAACCGUUUAAAAAACCUGAUGAUAUUUCUCAACUUCCUGUGCUGGCUAUGUGGCGCGUUUGUGGUUGCCUUUGGGAUAUUUCAGGCCAUACACUCCAAGUUUGCAUCUCUAGUCACCACUUUCUGGCCCAUCUACCCCGCCAACACCCUGGUGGUCACCGGUACGAUUGUUACCUGCGUGUGUUAUCUGGGUGUGCUUGGAGCCAUGAAGGAGAAUCGCUGCCUUCUCGUCAGCUUUUUCAUCCUGCUGUUCAUCCUGAUGCUGAUAGAGCUGGCCAUGGCUUGUGUGUUCCUGGUUUACAGCAGAGUGAUCGACACAUACUUUGAAAAAGACCUGACACAAAGUUUGGCAGUCUACAGGCAGUCCGGUCCUGGAGAGAACCAGACCAUUAAAGAGGAUUUUGAUGCCGUCCAGCACUUGUUUAGGUGUUGUGGAGUUCGCGGUGAGGCAGACUGGAUGGGUAAAGUUCCCAUCUCCUGUUGUGUCCAGGAUCCCUGCACCUCCCCCAUCAAGAUCUACUGGCAAGAGGGCUGUCUCAUGAAACUGAGGGACUGGUUUGCAGGCAACUAUCGGAGCACCGGAGCGGGCGUUGUCACACUCUUUAUCAUCCAGUUCUCUUGUCUGUGUUUUAACAUCCCGCUGUUUUGUCACUUUGCUCGAAACGGACUGGGCUACCUGUGAAAAGGACGCAGUGCCAAAGUCACGGUGACCUCCAUCUUACCAACUUAUCAGUAUUGAACGUAUUUGUUGUUUCUAGAGGUAGUUGUAGUUGUUCAAGCUUGGUCUGCACUAGUUCUCGCAUACAUUUUAUUCACAUGCAUGCCAUUAUUAAUAUACAUUUCAAAGUAAUUAUUCUUUGUAUAUUUUCACUCAAUUGUAUGUUGUAUUGAUUAACUUUCCCCAAUAUGGAAGACGAAUGCUGAUCAGUGUUUAUAUGUCCUGUAACUACUUUUAUCUCUCCAUAUAUAUUCACACACUGAAAGCAAAACAAUUUUGAUCAAUUCAAUGCACCCAAUUCUAUUAUUCUGUGUUUUAUCCUGUUGAUUGUAAAUAAAAUAAUAAUAAAUCACUGUUUUGCUUUA